CUCCAUCCUAUCACAUUUUUCCAUAUAAAAGUAAUUCGUAAAUAAUAUAAAUAACCGUUAUUUACUAAAAUUAUCUCUACAGCUGCCUCUCAAUGCUUUUUCUAUCCCUCUAACAUUACACAUAAUUGAUUAAGAUAGAGAAACAGUAUGUAUUUGUAGAUAAAAUUUAAAAGAAUGAGUGCACAGAAAUACUCCCAAAAUAGAUACAAAAGCUACUGUUAAAAAACCCAAUUAAUAAUACUUAAAAGCUCACCCAACACCUAAACAGCAAAAAUGGCUUCUAAUGAAUCGGAGAUGAACAGCAUAAAGCACCGCACAAUCCAAGUAAACGGUAUAAAAAUGCACGUAGCAGAGAAAGGAGAAGAGGGGGCCCCAGUAGUAUUGUUCAUCCAUGGUUUUCCAGAACUAUGGUACUCCUGGCGACACCAGAUCCUAGCCCUCUCAGCCCUUGGUUAUCGUGCGGUUGCCCCGGAUAUGAGAGGUUAUGGUGAUACCGAAGCCCCACCCGACCCGUCUAGCUAUACUUACUUCCACAUUGUGGGUGAUUUGGUGGGUUUGAUUGAUGAAUUGGGGGCCCAUCGGAUUUUUGUAGUGGGCCAUGAUUGGGGAGCCGUGAUUGCGUGGUGGUUGUGCGUGUUUAGACCGGAUAAGGUUAAGGCAUUGGUGAACCUAAGUGUGGCGUUUAUGCCUCGGAAUCCUAACGCAUCGAUGUUGGAAAUGUUUAGAGCUGUAUAUGGUGAUGAUUUCUAUAUCUGUCGCUUUCAGGAAGCUGGAGACAUGGAAGGUGAGAUUGAAGAAGCAGGUGGUGAAGCUAUAAAAGUGUUAAGGCUAUUUACAAGAGUGGAUGAUCCAGGAUCUGUAAUCAUACCAAAAGGAAAAGCAUUCAAAGAACUCCCUCCUUAUCCCGAUUGGUUGUCGAAAGAUGAUGCAGCUUACUACAAUCACAAUUUCGCAAAAUCGGGUUUUACUGGUGGCCUGAAUUACUACCGUGCUACUACGUUAAAUUGGGAGCUGACGUCGCCAUGGACAGGAGCUCAGGUUAAUGUACCAGUGAAGUUUGUUGUGGGAGACUUGGACUUGACAUAUCAUUUUCCUGGAGUUAAAGAUUAUGUUCAUCAAGGAGGAAUGAAGAAGGAUGUUCCAAACUUACAAGAAGUUGUUGUUCUAGAAGGUGUUGGCCAUUUUCUGCAGCAAGAGAAAUCUGAUGUUGUCACCAAACAUAUCUAUGACUUCAUCCAGAAAUUUUAAGGUUUUAUAUUUUAUUUUUAAAAUUUGAUCUGAGUUCCUUAAUAAAGCAAUCUGAAAAUUGUUGUAAUAGACAAGAUAUGUGUACCGGAGUCUCAAUAGUUUUCUUGUGGUCGUUUUUGUUAGUGUGUCUUAGUCGUUUUGUUUGCUUGUAAUCUAAUUAGUUUUUGUUUUUCUAGAUGGUGUUGUGUACUUGUGUUAGUAUAUGUUAGGCUAAUAAAGAAUACUCGCGUUGAGAUGCUCUUUUCAAUUGCGACCUCCUUGUGAUGAAAGGAUUAGUCUGCUUUCA